AUUAUACUUUUAAAGCAGUAGGUUUCAUAAACUGCAAAGCCAAGACGUAGUAACGAUUUAUAAGAAGCUCAGAAUCUAAACCUACGAAGAUUUCCUGAAUUACAAGAAGCGUCUUUCGUUGCGUAAAUAAGCAAUGUAGUUUGGAUUCUUAUUAAAUGAACUAUGUAUAUGAUGAAUAAGCGUUGGAAAGUGAUGAUAACGCUUCUUGUUUGGAUUAUAUGCUUACUUCAAGUCACGGUGGUUGCUGUACAAGACACCAACCAGCAGAAUACAUGGUAUGUAGGAUGCUACCAGAAGCCAGCAGAUAUGAUUUCUGUACCCCGAGCCUUUUGGGCCGACCAUUCUCGUCUCGACCCUGUUCAAUGCUCAAGACAAUGCUUAACCCUGAGAAAGCAGUUCGCCCUUCUUGACCCUCCGAAUUGCAUAUGCCUAACAAGCAUCUCUGACCUGCACGAAGUACCUCAACAUGAAUGUAAUCAAAGCUGUCCCAGUGAUAUUACCAGUAUGUGCGGUGGAGUUGGAGUAUCCAGCGUUUUCUCGUCACGGGGUCCGUUUAUAUUAGAGGUUCGUUUAGCGGAGUUUGCGUCUAAAACUCUGGUAGGUCAACCCGUGAAUGUAACUGUUCCAAUAACUUUGGGGGCGCCGCCCGGAUUUGAAACAGGAUUGGACAGGUAUGCUGGCAAAGACAUGGGCGUGGUAAACGUUACAAUAGGAUUUCCACGCACCUCACUCACAUUUUCAACACGUAUCGAACCCGGACAAACAACAACGACGCUACAGUUUCUUUACACUCCAGAGGCAGCAGGUUUCCAGAAUUUUGAUGUACUUAUACGGAACGCCAUGUCUUCAUUUGAAUACCGAGAUUUCAUUGAAGUGUUAUCCCCUGUUCUUGCCAGCCUUUCUGUUGUUGUGGAUGCAUCUCUUAAUACGGGUUCUGGGCCGUGCGUUCCAAAUGCAACGGAAUUUGCAGAUUAUAACAACUUGGGCAUCCAAGAGAAUUAUAAUGCAGUCUCCAUUGGAGUUGAAACUACUUUCAGAGCUUACCUAGACAGUGGUUUGAAUGCUACUUUUGAGUGGAAUAUUUGCAACAUUCGCCAAAUUCGUCACAGAAACGAAAACUGUUUGUUUUGUCGUGAAAAUAUACAGAAAUUUACUUUCACCAAACCUGGCACUUGUGAGAUAACAGUGAGAGCUUACAACUCAUACAGCAGCUUGAGCACAACCCUGUAUCUUGCUGCUGUCAGCUCAGUAAUGGAAAACUUAGAAUUUUCUUUGCGAUCUUGUGAAGACAUGUCAGGUCCUUGUCCUCGGGCCCCACAACUUAAUUGGCCUGGUCUCCCCUUUGAUAUUCUGCCACCUCCAAGAAGAACAACAAUGGUGGAUGUUAUCCUACCAGAAGGCCUGUACUUCAGAGAAACUAAAAUAUGCUUUCAUGCAUCUUUCAACUACAUAUUUGAAAGGCCAUUUCUAGGUAUGUUUGUCGAUUUUGGUGAUCAACGAAACUUUACUGAAGAUUUGAACCUAGACCUAGUUAGCAGAAUGAAACGAUCAACCAGAGUGAAUCCGCGCUUCUACCAAGGCCUUGAUGCCUACGGAAGAAACAGUAAUGUUAGUGAACUGAACAGAAACAUUGUGACAAGACUUUACUCUAGGCAAAAUCUCCGCACAUGCUACAAAGGUGACUGCCAAUUUAAUCUACUCUUCCAUCACAAGUACACAAGGUUUGGGGAAUACACAGUCAAAAUAAAGCUAUCUAACUCUACCCAUGAAAUCAAUUCAACAUUAUCUCAGAAGUUGACAAUAGUUGGCGAUGGUUUCUCAAUGCAAGGUCUUGUUUGUAACAGCCAUACAAGAACCAACGCUCCAACUGUAUUCCAAGUCACAGAUGGUGCAGGUUACGCACUCAGUUGGUCAAUUAUCCCAAGAAGUGGCCAACAUCAGAAUAGAGCAACAUUUAUCGCUGCAGCCCCUUUAAGAUAUAUGUUCAAUGAAAGUGGGCUGUUUGAUGUUGUGAUAAACAAUCUUGAUUCAUGUACUGUCAUGGUACAGGAUGAGUCAGCACUGAAUGUUGAAAACCCGGAUAAUAUCAUCAGCACUAUUGGAUUGGUUAAUGUUUCCUAUAAUGUGGAGCAAGGCACGGAUGUUAAAACAAGAUGGGAGUUUAUGGGUCAGCGUGGGGGCAACAAUGUUGGUAGGAAUGCUCCGUUUCAAGACACCGCAACAUUUUGGCUUGACACAGUUGGUUGCCACACUCUCUUCAUAGAAGCUCUUAACAUGGCAUCUAGUGUAAAUACCUCUGUACUUGUUUGUGGAGAAGAACCAAUUGAAGGGUUAAACAUUAGAGUUCCAAAGUUAAUGUAUUUACAUGAGCAAAGAAAUAUAUCGGUCUCAUAUGAAAGAGGUUCAUACACUGAGCUUGUGUUAUCCAUCAACUGUGCCAGUGAUAUGUUGAUUAUGGAGUUCCGACAUACGAGUGAUCAACUACAAGCCCCAGGAUACUUCAACUUCUUAACUUCCAAGUUCCCAAGACAAGGUGUGUUUCAAGUCCAACUGACAGCUUGGAAUAAUGUCAGUAGAGUGGAACUCACAUCUGAGAUUCAUGUCGGUUAUCUUGUUAAUGAUUUGAAGAUAUCAAAUGUACUUGAUCCCGAUCUCAACUUUGCUGUUGAUGGAGAAGAAAAUGUGUUGGUUGCUUUUAUUAACAACCAGCCAACAUCUGCAGUGCUAUACACAUGGGAGUAUUGGGGCAUGGCUAGUGGUUCAACAAUCCAACAAACAACAAUACAAACUACAUCUCCUGUGAUCAAGUUCACUCCUAUCUGUCCGUAUUUUCCAUGUUUUGUUAAUCUGACAGCAAAACCGAUGUCAAACGAAUCACAUACUUUUAUGAGUGUGGUGUCAUUAAACCGUCAACCACUUACAAGAUACUUGCAACAUCCUGUUAUUGUGGAAGUAGGGGUAGAAUUUGAAAUUGACGUAAAAUGUAUUUCAAUCUAUACACAUGAAACUGGAUGUAGAGUCAAACUUCCAGAUGCUUCAUCUGUUACACAACUUUCAGCAAAUAGUUUCAUAACUUUACAUCAUUCGUUUUCCCGCCAUGGUCUUUAUACAGUUAACAUGGAAGUCCUUGGCAGUGUUUCUUCAAGGAAUUACACAUCCCUGAUUGUUGUGGAGGAAAGGAUUUCCAACCUUAAUAUUCAGGGAGAUGCAGUUGUUGUCUUGAACAGUAAUCCCGUAGGUAAAUGGUAUGCUAGUGUUACAAAUGGAAGCAACAUUAUAUAUGAAUGGAGAGUGAAGCAUCAUAAUGAACCUGGCUAUGUCUUCACAUCUUCAAAGUCAAACUACAAAUAUGAGCUCAGCUACAGCUUCAACAGAUCUGGUGUGUAUGAAAUCUUCCUUCUUAUAUCCAAUGAUAUAAGUAGAAUGAACACCUCAGUUUUGGUUCAUGUGCAAAACCCAAAGAACCAUUUCUCUGUCAUGACAAAUGAAGGUUACAUUGGCCACAACACCAGUUUUUAUGUGACCAUUAGUAUUAAUGUUGAAUUUAACUUGACUGUUUCAUGGAUGGAUGGCAGCAACAACCAAACAUACAGGAGCAGAGAUCUUACUUUACUUGAAAACAGAAGCUCAACAAGAGUCUAUACUUUGUCUCAUGUUUACAACGAAGCUGGUCAUUUUCGAUUUACUUUUACAUUGAGGUGGAUAUUGGAAGGAGUUCCCAUGGUUGAUGUUGUCACCAAUACAACUGACAUCUUUCAUAACAGAAGUUCAUUAUUUACAUAUCAACUGAGGGUUAAUGGAGAACUACACAACCAACCAUACCUUGUACAACAAGGUGAUGAUGUAAGAUUAGAAGUUCGAAUGAAAAGGUUUAUCAGCACGAUGAGAUGGAGAAUUACCAACAGAAAUAUUGUCAUGCUGAAUACUACAGCAAGAGUGCAUGCUGAAAAUGUAAAUACAUUUCAAUUCCCCACUGCAAUACUUGGUGUCAGUCAUUGCCAACUUGAAACUGAACCAACAAAGGAAAAGAUAAAUUUUACCAUUGAUGUUUAUCGACCAAUAACACAGCUACAGCUUUAUGAACCAUACUCUCGCAACCUUAACAGCCGCGUUACAAAGUGUGCUUUGGUGGAUUAUACUGAAAAUACUGGUAGGUCAUAUGGGAGUUUGCGGCAACAAGUCAAAUGCAAUCCUUUGCUUUUGUAUGCACAAAGUGAUGGAGAAGAUGUUAUUUUCCAAUUUCAGUUCCGCUUAUAUGGAAACACAACACUCUAUGAUAUGAUAGAGGUUAAUGGAACAGGGAGAACUUCAAACCUGAUAAAUUAUGCUCAGAUUGAAUAUACUUUUAGGGAACAUGGUGCUUAUAAUAUCAGUGUUGCUGUUUUGGAUGCAAACCGCAAUCCACCUAAACCUGUGUUGACUAGAUCUUUAGGAUUUCCUUUUUAUGCGGAAACACUGCCACUCGUAUCUAUGUCACAUAGGGAAUAUUAUGUUGAACUUGGAACUCCUAUUUUACUUUCAAUCACAAACAGGCGUCCAGAACAUGAUCUGGUUGUAGUUUGGGAAAUGGGUGAUGGAACAACAUAUACUAAUAUAGGUUACUCAGUGAACCACACAUAUGCAAACCAUAAGAUGUACGUAGUGCAGGUCACGGCACGAAACCGUGUCGGUCAUUCACUCUUUUUACCCAAGGUUCAUGUCGAACGAAAGUUAAUGUCUGCUAGAAUUGUUCACCCGAUAUCAAAUGGGAUUUACUCCUCACUGAAACCCCUUGAAUUCAAAGUAAAUGUGACACCUUCAGAUACUGGUAUAACAUACACAUGGUAUUUUGAACCCGGAAAGAGUCCUGUUAUAGAAAGAUAUAGCAAUACAACAACGAAUGUGUACCUAGAACCUGGAGAAUUCCCAGUUAAGGUUGUUGCAACCAAUGCAAUUAACAGUGUUGAGUCCCAAGUUAUUAACAUCACACUGAUCGAACCUGUUACAACUUUGGAGAUACGAGGUCCUAGUGUUGUGUUGGUGGGAGCAACCUCAACAUGGGAAGCUGUCAACCAUGGUGGAACAGAUGUCAUUGUGACAUGGAACAUGGGUGGAGACACUAUACACGAUAAUGCUGCAUAUAUUAUGAAUCAUACGUUCACAAGAGUUGGUGUUUUUGUUGUCUCGGUAACCUUACGGAAUGUACUUGGUCCAGUGACUUUUAACAAGAAAAUUUAUGUCAUGGAGACUCUGUGUGAACUUCCAGUUUUACGCAUACCAAGCAAAGCUUCUGCAGUGUAUUACAGUUCAACAAAUUUACACUUCGAGGCGUUGUUGACCUAUCACUGUCCACAAGUCACACAUAUUGUUUACAACUGGACAAUUAAACCCUGGGUAUCUGUUGCGAAUGGUGGCAGCUCAAACCAGACAGCUGUAUUCACUGGGCAAGGGCAAGUAUUGAACGUACCACCUCGUAUGCUUCAACCAGGCAAAUAUGAGGUUAUUGCAAAUGUUACCUUGGUCGGAAGUAUACUGUAUGCUACAAAAGAAACAAUAAUCCUUAUUAGUCCAACCAUUCCUGUUGCUCAAAUUGAUGGUGGAUCCGUGAGAAAAACAUCACGAGAUGGUCAUGUGAUCAUUGACGCAUCACAAAGCUAUGAUCCAGAUGAUACAGAUCAACAUCUUUUGUUCUUCUGGGAGUGUUAUGUACUUCAAUACCCUGAUAGACAGUGCUUUAACUUCUCUGAGCCACCAGUGCUUACCGGUGAUCCCGAUGUUGCUGUCAGAGUUUUACAACAAUCUGAAAAUUCACUUCUUGAUAGAAGGUUUUACUCAAGCUUUCCACCAGGAGUAUCAAACACACAGCCUACCUUGUUUUUCCAAGCAAACCAGCUGCACCCACACUCAGAUUCCUUUGUAUUCAAGGUGAAUGUAACUAAGAAUGGUUCAUACUUGUCUUCUUACACUACCUUCCUACUUCAAGUGGUGGAGACAAGCAAUAUUAAAAUAAUUGACCUUAAUUGUCCAACUUGUUGGCAAGAAAGAAUGACCAACAAGCAUGUUGGAACUGCCUUUGUAGCUGACUGUUAUGACUGUGGUGUUGAUGCUGCUUUUACUUGGAGCAUUAAGUUGGUACAGGAUAGGAGCAGAUCAUUCUACAGGAAUGAAUCAUCAGAUUGUGUCCAACCUGGUGGGGAAGGAUGGAUGAGUUGGAAUGUUACAAACAAUAUUCCUCUUACUAACUUAACUGGACAGGAAAUACCUUGGAAUGUUUCCAGCGUUCCUCUCAAUCUGCAUCCUGAUGAUGCCAACUUUACUGGAGUUUUAAUACCAUUGGGUGGGACAGGGGAACAACCAGUUGGUGAAGAAUAUAACCCCGGCAACGUGGUAGAAGCCCCUACUAUGCCCAGGCAAGAAGAAGAAGAAUUCCUUUUAACAAUAAAUGAAGGCAGGAUAGGGGAAUCUUCUCAACAAACACAAUCCCAACCAGUGAACUCAGGGCUCAAUGGCAAUCAGGGGUAUGUUGGGUCGUCACAGGUAGAUGAAGCUUUCCCAAUUCAAGAAGGGAGUUCAAACUCUCAUACACCGAACACAGAAAGAAGAGCAGAGUCUGCCAUGAGAGAGAGAGAGUCGCCAAUAUCUGAAGGUGAAACUUCAGCAAGAAACAUCUUUAGCAUGAGACCAUUUGGUUCUCCUUUAAUUAUCCCACCAACACCUAGUUAUGAUCAGCUAAUUAAUGAAGAUGCACAAAUACAACCGGAGUCUCACUACCAGGAGUUCCUUCACAUAGAGUUGCCUUUAUCACAUUUUGCAAGAAUUAGCAACAAAGGAAAAGUCUUACGUAUCAAACCAAAUACUUUGUUGGAAGGCAGAACUUACCAAGUUUCCGCUUCUCUUAGGAAUGGUGGAUCUACUGGAAGCACUUCUUACUACGUUAGAGUGAACAGGGGACCAAGUUAUGGACUUUGUUCUGUGAUCCCUGAAAACGGCUUUGACCGAUUUAUUGUUCAUUGCUUUCAAUGGUUGAACAAACAGAGUGUAAAACUGGACUCAGCUAUAAGCCAGAAUGAGAUGCUACAAUAUCACAUAAGUUACAGCAUAGGAAGACAUGGAAGAAGAAGACCAAUCUACUCUGGAUAUUCUUAUGAGAGUUCAUUUCUUCUUCCAGCUAGUGACCAACAAGUACACAUCCAUGUGAAGAUAUACAACAGUAUGAAAGCAAGAACAAACGUUUGCCGUUUCCCUGUUAAUGUUACAAGAAAUGAAGAGACAAACCAUACACCAUAUAUAGACUUGUUAUAUGUGUACAACAAGACAGUUGGUAACACUAGUGACUUACAACAUCAACUGGUAAAGGACGACCAGGGGGAAAUUUUAAGCUUCGUUAACGUCAUGAUUGAUUCUUUACCGAAGGUGUACCUUAUGGAGCAUGGAAACAAAUACAUGGCCAUAGGAAACAGACUUGCAUUUGCCCUUUCAAAAAUCAAGUGCACACGUCAUACUAGUGAAGUCAUUGCCACCCUGAAAAGAUUGUUCAAUAGAAUAAAUUCAACUGAUUGCCACACACUCAACAUGGCAACCAUGGUAACGACUAAAGCAUUUAUCACCGCAAAGCUAGAGCUCCUACUGAACAAUAAGGAAUCAAAAUGGGAGCGCUUGGCUUUCAGUUAUAAAAACGAGCCACAAAUAUCGACAAUAAUCAAUGAUGGUGUUGUGAUCUUAGAGAAACUAUCAACCAACAUUCAAAACAUGCUCCUUGUACUUUCCCUUGUAUCUCAGCCCAACAACACAAACGCAUGCCAAGGACUGUCAUCCAAUCUAUCCAGGUUUAUACAAGAAUUGAGGAAUAUUUUAUUGGACUUUGCCCAACUAACUGAGAAGCAUUCACUUAAUGUGACCACUGAAGGUAUUAUCAUGAAGACCCAACUUCAAAACGAAUCUUUUGUUUUUAUGGAUGGUUUUGAAAGAGUUUCAGGAAGAAGUCACUUGUGGGUUGGAGCAGAAAUUCCUUCCAACUUAAUCCAAAAUCAAAGCAUUCAACACAGUGGGAUCGCUUUUUUGAAGGAUUUUCCCUUUGUCGCAAACACACAACCCAUGAUGGAUAAUUCAUCAUUGUCCUUGUGGUUCACCAACUCCAGCAAUAUUGUCAUUGAAACUCACAAUUUAAAUCCACCAAUCAGAAUCCACCUUCCACCAAGGCUAAACCAGAUGAAGCUGCCACAAAGAUAUCCAUUUGAAGUAACCAGAGGUAAAAUAUCUGUCCAUCAGUUAAAUCUAACAGUGGCAGACAAUGUGACAAUCCAUGUUCUAAUUAGAGCAGAUAAAACUUUAAACAGACCAUAUACAAUAUCAGCAGCAUUAAGUAGUGUGCCACUAUCUGUGCAAAGCCCAUUCAUCAAUAAAUAUGUCAUGCAACAAGGAUCUAUUGCACCAAGAAGAGCUAGAUUCUCAAAGCAAUCAAAUGCCAAAUCCAGUGUAAAGUUCACAAUGUCCGACAUAAGACGUGGUGGACCUUACUACAUUAGUUUGUGGGGAUCUGAUAAUAAUGGAGAGUCAGUUACUUUGGAUCAAGCUACUAAAUAUGACAUCACUAUCUGGACAUCUGAUUGCUUUUACUGGAAGAGGAAUGGUUGGAGCAAUGCUGGUGUGAAGGCGUUACCCGAAUCAACCCCAGAACAAACAAUUUGUUCCACAAGUCACCUUUCAACCUUUACAAGUUCAUUUCAAAAGUUAAAGUUCACUUCUUACUCCAACAUUAUAAUGGCUGUUGUUUGGGCCAAUGCUCUUACUCCAUGUUUAACUGUAUUACUUAUCAUCACAAUCCUGUUCAUUGGGUUUCUUGUACUCCAUCGUUACAUUCUCCGCCACCAAGAAAAGUCUCAUCAAAACAAGGAAUUCACCAUACAUACAUCUGGUAUACGAGCGUGGUUGAGAUGGUAUUUUGGUUCAGAUGAUAGAAGAGCCAGUGAGAGAGUUCCUGUUAUAUUAAGGGACAACAAGUCUGAACAUGAACAGGUGUUUGAGGUUACAAUACAGACUGGAAGUUGGNCUGGUAGUGGAACUUCAUCUCUUGCAUUCCAUGAUCUUGUUUGGAAGAGAUGGGAAGUAUGAAGGGAGGGAGUUAAUUCCACCAUCUGAUGAUGAAGAUGAAGCUCUUCAUGUUGGGAGGAGGAAUCAAGAGAAGCAGUGUCUGUUUGAGACAGGUUCAUCAAAAACCUUUAUUGUCACUUUUCCUAAAAAUCUCGGACCUCUCCAUAAAUUAUCAAUAUGGCAUGACCACUCUGGUCCAAGGCCGAGAUGGUUUAUUGAUUACAUCAUCAUUCGUGAUGUCACAAGCAAUGAACGAUGGUACUUCUCAUGCAACACAUGGUUAGCUUUGGAUAGAGGGGGUAAUAGGGUGAGUCGAGAAUUAACCCCAGUGGAAAGAAAACCAAAUCUGUUGAAACAUCUCGCAUUUAAAGUGAAGAGAAAUUUCAUUAACUACCACAGUUUGUUUUCCUUGCUUGCUUGUGCGCGGUGGGGAGGUUUAUCAAGGGUUC